GUUUUGGGGAUUUAUCUGCCUCUACGGCCAUCAGUGAGCCACCACUACUAGAUACAGUAAGGAGUAAAAAAGCUUCCGCCUUUCUUUUUGUAACCAUUGGAACAACUUUUGCUCUCAAUUAGAAUGUUGGAACUUACUAUUCAAUUUACCAUCUAUAUCACACAAAAUUUAAAUAUCUUUUCUACUGAGAUACCCUAGGAGCGUUGCCCUGAGGCCAAAAGUGGAAUUACUGAUAUUCGGAUUUCCAUACUUCAGUUAAUUUUAGUCGAAUGAAGAUACGCGAUUAGAAAGCAAUUUUUAUUAACCGAUCUCUGUUUUAACCUGUCAGUCAAGUAAAAUAGUUUCUCCCGCAUUAUGUAAACGUCUGCAGUUUUUGAUUAUGGGCGCACAACAUACUAAGGAGCGUCCGCGUCGUACAUAUCACCCGAAACUUGAUCAUGAAUUGCAAAUAAACACACCUACAUCUUGGAUCCAAAAUCACAACCCUACAACGAACUUCAAAGUUUCUGUAGCGCACACAUCUCAGAUAAAUCAACCCAGUGAUCAACUAUUAAUAGCUUUGUUUGAUUUCAUUCCACCAAAUACACCAGAAAACCAGUCACAAAUUAGAGUAGAGAAAGGCGAUCGUCUACAGCUGUUUGGUUACAGUGCAGAUGGUGAUUGGUCAGACGUUGAAUGUAUACGAACUAAUGAACGUGGUUGGAUACCAACAAACUAUACAGGUCGCAUUCCUGUUCCUCCUAAUGAUCACGGUACAGCUUUGAAUACUGGAUCAGCUUCCGGCAGUUCACUUACUUUCCAACAUACUAGUAGUCACGAUGUUAGUUGUAGCGGUAGUCAAGGAAGUUUGGCUGGAGUAGGGCUGGAGUCAGAAAAGUGGUAUCAUGGUGCUAUUCAGCGAAGUUAUGCAGAAUAUUUACUCAAUAGUGGAAUCACAGGAAGUUUUCUCAUCAGGGAAUCAGAAAGUCAUCCAGGUCAGCUCACAAUAAGUCUUCGUUAUGAAGGACAGAUAUGGCAUUAUCGUAUCCAUCGUGAUGAUUCUAACAUGUAUUACGUUAUUGAAUCCAACAAGUUUACAUCAGUCUCUGACCUUGUACAUCAUCAUGAGAAGCAUUCAGAUGGUCUGGCCUGUACAUUAUUAUAUCCAGCACCUAAACGAGACAGAACAAGUUCAGAGCUACGCAUGGAUCCCAGUUUCGAUAUACGUGAGAUAGAUCGGACCGAAAUAGUUAUGAAACAUAAAUUAGGAUCAGGACAGUAUGGUGUAGUAUAUGAGGCUGUAUGGAAACCUUAUAAUGUAUUAGUUGCUGUUAAAACACUUAAGGAAAAUGUCACAGUUCGUGAUGAAUUUUUAGAAGAGGCUCGUUUGAUGAAAAGCUUAAGACAUCCAAAUCUUGUGACUUUGUUAGGUGCAUGUACUCGGGAACCACCUUAUUAUAUUGUCACAGAAUUUAUGUGUAAUGGGAACUUGUUAGAUUAUUUGCGUACACAUCCUAGAACAGAAUUAACACCUUCAGUUUUAUUACAUAUGGCAACUCAAGUUGCUAGAGGUAUGGCUUAUUUGGAACAACACAACUUUAUACAUCGUGAUUUAGCAGCCCGCAAUUGUCUAGUUGGCACACAACAUACCAUUAAAGUGGCAGAUUUUGGUUUAGCUCGUUGUAUAGAACGUGAUCUUACUUAUCGAGCUCAUGAAGGCGCUAAAUUUCCUAUAAAAUGGACAGCACCAGAAGGUUUAGUCUAUAAUCUGUUUUCAACUAAAUCAGAUGUAUGGGCAUUUGGUAUAUUGUUAUGGGAAAUUGCCACCUAUGGAAAAACACCAUAUCCAGGUGUUGAAUUACAAGAUGUUUAUGUUUUAUUAGAAAGAGGUACACGAAUGCUUUGUCCUGAAGGUUGCCCUGAACCAGUUUAUGAACUUAUGUUACAAUGUUGGCAAUGGCUUCCAGAACAACGCCCACCAUUUUCUGAUAUAUUAAGUCAAUUGGAAUCUAUGCCAACUAAUUCUACAAUGGAAGAAGAAGAACAAAUCGAUUUUGAUAUAACUUCUACUACAUCGUCAUCAUCGUUAUUAUUAAAUAACAAUGAAAUAAAGGUGACUAACUCUAGCGAGCCAAACAGAUCCACUAAACAUCCACCUAAUAUUGCGUAUCCCCGACCGCCACUGCCUCCUAGACCACCCCCACCAAGAAGAAGCACCAGUUGCGAUUAUUUAAUUGAUGAGAAUGAUGAUAAUCAAUUUGAUAUGAUUAAAGAGGAUUGUAAAUCCGAUUUGGGUAGUGAUAUACCAGUAAAUGCUAUAAAUAAUAACAAUAAUGUUAACCACAAAUCUCAUAAAGGUAUAUUUACAAGGAGUUUUAAGAAUCCCCUUUCGAAACAGUUACAUAUUGGUGAUUUAAGUACUGAUGAGUUUGGUACUUGUGAAAAAGAUCUACCAUUUACAAACUCAGGAUCUCUUGGGCGUAAAAGAACUGCACCGCGACCACCAAGACGUACUACACCAGUUAAGCCGUUGAAUUUCUUAACUGAUUUCAAUUCAUUAGAAGAUAAUAGUUGUGUUUACCCGAAUUCCCAUCUGGAUGACUUUGAUCAUCCACCACUGCCACCCCCACCAGUUCAUCUUGAUUCUAGUCAUCAUCAAAUACAUCAACCCCGAUCACAACAACAUCCUCGUCUAGCACCACAGCCUAAUAAUGGUUCAUUACCAAAUAACUCGAACUUAACACCAUUUUCAGUGCCAUCAGUUAUGAGUAGUUCUGCAAUUUUCCCAUCUUCUCGUCAAUUUUCAUAUGUGGAUCCCAUUCCGUUAGAUAACAGCCUGACAAGAUCAAUUUGUCCUGAUCGUCUAAUAUCACCACUUGCUCCUCCCACACCAGGUAAACAUAUUCAGCUUUCUUCAAAGUCACCAGCUUUAUCGAAAACCACUGUAAAUUCGGAUUUAUCUAACAAAACUAAUCCCGUUGUAGAUCAUUCCCACAAUAAGCGCAGUAUAGAUUCUAAUUUUCUUAAUGAAUCUUAUCCAGGGAAUAAUGUUUCUUCUAAGCAAAAUGUUCAUCCUACCAAUGUUUCAUCAUCUGUCUUUCAAGAGGAAUUACGAGAUAGAUUAAAAAAGCAUUCUCAACAGCUUAAAAGUUCAUCUCAGCUGAAACCGAUUACAUCUAAAUCUAUACUAAAUAAUUCACCUAGUAAUGUUACGAAUUCAGUGCUGCGUAAUCAGGAAAAAAGUGAUUCAAAAUCAUCGGUUUCUAAUUCUUCCCCUUACUUCACUAUCCCCCGAUUAAGACCACCACCACACUCUGCGAAUCCACCUCGGAUAUCCUCGAAUAAUACUUCUGGAUCCAAUAACAAUCAAACAUCAACACGUGGAAAAGUGGAGCCUCCAUGUUGUCCUUCAGAAUUGAUCCGAUCACUUGCAUCGACUCAGAUCAAAAAUGAUAAUAGUUCUAAUUCAACUGUCACUACGACCAGCAAGUUGCCCACAAAUAUCAAUAGUAAUGAUAACAAUUCCCCAAAACCUCAUUUCAAAAGGUCUGAAAAUGAAAUCUCUGAUAAAUUAUCUGAUAUAAUACAAAAGCGUUUAAGUUGGACUGGUCCAACUGAUGAUAAUUCAGCUGGUAAUCAGAAGCGGUCCCAACGAUUAUAUCUACCUACUAUAUUUUCUACAUCAUCUACAGCAUUGGACGAGACUAAUGGUAAUAAUCACUGUGUUCCACCAACAAAACACCACUUGAAAAAGCAUUUAUCAAAUAUUUUAGGAGACUUAGAACGUUUGAUUCGUAUGAAUGAUAAAAAAAUUCCUGGAAAUAUUAUUUCCUCUCCAUCGUCCGCUGCCAUUUCAUCAUCAUCGUCAUCAAAUUUAGAACAGUUAAUUGAGUUAGCAGAUCAAAUGGAAGCAUGUCGACUUAGUUGUUCUGCAUAUAUUGAUCAGGCUACAUGUUCAGCUCGUGCAAAAUUUAAUUUUCGUGAUCGAUUCGCAUGUUUACAAACAUUUAGCAGUUUAUUACGUUCCAAAAAACUCGAUUCUACUUGUAAUAAUAAUACUAAUAAUCUAAGUAAGUACAAUAAAAAUAAUGCAAAUUUAUUAAAAGACGCAGAGAAUGCCAUCAAAGAAAUUAUUAAUGAUUUAGACAAACUAACCGAUAAUGUAAAUACAACAUUAUCAUUAGAUACUACAUUGAAUAAUUCAAAUUUCCCAGAACAUAAACCUAAUUCAAAUUUAGUAACAUCUAAUCAAUCCAAUUUAACUUGUACAGAAAAUCUUAGUAUUACUGACAAUAGAAGCGCUACAGUUUUCACUUGAUUUCUUUACAUCUAUGUGCAUAUUAUUAUCAUUAUUUCUGGUUAGUAUUAGGAGAUUUUACAUCGAAAUUUAUUGUUCACCUGUUUCCAACAUCUGCAUUUUACUUCCAACUAUCAUUCUUUGUUUGCUUUUCUCUGUCGAUUUAGACAAAUUCCUCUCUUUUUUUAUGUAAAUGUUUACAAAUUGAAAAAUCUACUUUCCUUUUUGUUUUAUGGACAUAGUUUGGAUGUUUUUCUUCUCAAUCCUCGGACUAUUCAAUGGCCCUUGCAUUAAAAAGUGUACUAAUUUGUUUGUUUGUGUUAUUUUAGUUUAUCUCCCGUUUUUGUGUUUUUACGUUCUCAUUUAGAGUAGAGUAGACAAAUCAGUCAAUCUUUAAACACAUCUCUUUAAUCCACUCUGCUAUUUAUCUGGAAUAUAUAUACUACACUCUUCCCUUCGAUUCCUUUACAAUCUAAAUGAAUGUAUAUAUGUAUGCCUAUUUCAGCGCACAUCUUAAUUUAUACUGUUGUAAAUAAAAUGUUUUCAAUUGUUUUGUUUUUUCGUUAUUUCAAUGUUCAGUCAUUAAUUUUAUUACUAUCAUUACUUAAUUUUCCCUUCUUUGUACUAUUCUUCACCAAUGUUCCAAUAAUAUUUUGUAGUAUGUCUCUUGCGAUUUGUUAUCGAAAAUGAUUAUUUUUUCAAUAGAAAACAAUGUGUUAUUUUCACUUCCAGUCAGAAAUGAGAAGUUUUGUGUUUGUUCCCACAUUCAACUACAUGCGCACAAAUUUACUCAAUCAUUUGAAUUCCAGGUGAAAUUGUAAGGUUGAUCAAUUAAUAUGAAUAUUUGUUCGUUUAUUUGUAUACUUUUAUUCUUAGAUCUGUUUAUUUUCCCUUAAUUUAUCCUGAUAUUAUUUCAUUUGUUUCUACCAUAAUCCUGUAUCACUGUUGGUGCGUAUUUCGAUUACUUACUUUAGAUUCUCUCUCUGUCUUGUCACAUGGUAUCUUCGUGCUUAUUCUUUAUCAUUUCCUCCCCCCACCUAUAAUGUCUGCCUAACUGUGAUCUCUGAAAAAAUAAUUACCAUAUAUAUAUAGUAUCCUAUUACCCUAUUUUGUUCUUAACAGCUUACUACUUAUCUUCAUUUUUCCUGUUUUUCUAAUCCUUCUCUCCAUGUGCUUGUUUUCUGUGAAGUGUUAUGGAUCUGGUCAUACUCAUGAUGAAAUUAAUGAUUGUCAUUAUUAUUAUUACUACUAGUAAGAUUCUAAUCUAAUGAUCAAUAUAUAAUAAUUUUGUUAAUAGUAUUUGAUUUUUGUGUAAAUAUAGGAUGACCUAUGCACUCAGGUUGCACAUGUGUUCAUUCAAUAUUUUUAGAUUGAUUUUAAUUGGGUCAACAACAGUAUGUAACAGAAGAAAUAUGAGUUCAUGUUUAGAAAAUGUACUUUUUUAAAGAAAAAUAAAGUAGGAAAUUAGAUGUUUCUCACUGUUUCCGACAAUAGAAAACAUAAAAUCUUAUGUGAUAAUGUUUUAUAUGCUAAAUCUAAAACUUUCUCUAAAUUAAACAUUGUCACUUUUUUAUUAGCUCUAUUUAUUUCGGUGUUAUAAACCAUGCAGUUUUUACCUUUAAGCCUACUUGUUAUGUAAAGGCUAUUCACAAUACCAUACUGUUUAAACUGAGAUGAAUUCGCGUCGUAAUGAUUCAAGGAUGAAUAUUUAAAUCCCAAAAUCGUAGUUCUGAUUUUCGCUUUACAGAUAGAGAAUAACUGAGUUUGAAGUCAAUGCAAUACAUACUUUCAUUGUCCC